AGACCUGCCCUGAGCGAGGGAACUUCUUAAAGUCCUGCCGCCUCCUAGUGCCCAGAGGAGACGCGGGGGAGCGAGCAGCAUGUCCCGGCUCGGCAGCGGCCCGCUGUGCUGCUGCUGGGGGCUCGUCCUCGUGUGGGCGGUGGUGGGGAUCCGAGCAGAAAUGCGCUAUGCAACUUUGUAUUGGAAUAAAGCUCAAAAAACACUUCAGGUCAAGAAUAUACUGGACAGGAGCGGAGAUGCCUAUGGCUUCUACAACAACACGGUACAGACAACAGGUUGGGGAGUUCUGGAAAUCAAAGCAGGCUAUGGCCAUCAGACCUUAAGCAAUGAAGAUAUCAUGUAUGCAGCUGGCUUUUUGGAAGGCUAUCUCACAGCUCCGCAUAUGUAUGACCAUGCUGCAAACAUGUAUCCACAGUUAAUUAAGAAUCCCACAGUUCGAAGUGGAGUUCAGAAUUUCAUGGCGAAACAAGAUCAAUGGACAAGACAACAAAUCAGAAAUAAUAAGGAUGACCCCUUUUGGAGGCAUGCUGGCUAUAUUAUUGCACAGUUGGAUGGUCUGUACAUGGGAGCCCUCGAGUGGGCUAAACUACACAAACAAACACCACUGAGCGUCUUUGAUGUCCAGUUUCUGAAUGCAGUUGGAGACCUGUUGGACCUCAUUCCUGCAUUAUUUGAGUAUUCUGCACGAAGUGGCCAGUGCAAUGUCGAGGCUGGAGGCCAUGGGAAAUACCAGUGGGAUAUGGGCCACUGCUCUGCUCUCAUCAAGGUUUUACCUGGAUACGAGAACAUAUAUUUUGCCCAUUCCAGCUGGUUUACUUACGCAGCCACACUGAGAAUAUAUAAGCAUUGGAACUUCAAUAUAGUUGAUCCAUACACUAGCACCAACCGUGUCUCAUUCAGCAGUUACCCAGGCUUUUUAGUGUCCCUGGAUGACUUUUACAUACUAGGCAGUGGCUUGAUAAUGUUGCAGACCACCAACAGUGUGUUCAACCACACCCUCAUUAAGCAAGUGGUGCCUGAAUCCCUGUUUGCUUGGCAGAGGGUCCGCAUUGCUAACAUGAUGGCAGACAGUGGCAAAGCUUGGGCAGAAACCUUCUCAAAAUGCAACUCUGGGACCUACAAUAAUCAGUACAUGGUGCUGGACCUGAAGAAGGUCAAGCUACAGAAGAGCCUCGAUGACGGUGCGUUGUACAUUGUUGAGCAGAUCCCAACCCUGGUGGAAUAUUCUGAUCAAACAAAUGUUCUCCGGAAAGGUUACUGGCCUUCAUACAACAUUCCUUUCCAUCAGAAGAUUUACAACCUCAGUGGUUAUGCGUCAUAUGUUGAGAAGUAUGGGCUGGAUUUUUCAUAUGAGCUUGCUCCACGAGCAAAAAUCUUCCGUCGAGACCAGGGCAAGGUGACCAACUUAGAAAGCAUGAAGUACAUCAUGAGAUAUAACAACUACCAGCAUGAUCCUUAUGCUGAACACAAUCCCUGCAACACAAUUUGCUGCCGAGAAGACCUGAAUCCUUCCUUCCCAGUGCCUGCAGGCUGCUAUGAUUCCAAGGUGUCAGACUUCCGCCUGGCCUCGGCAUUCACAGCCACCGCCAUCAAUGGUCCCCCAGUGCAGGGCGGUCUCCCGGUCUUCACCUGGAGGCGGUUCAACCACACACGACACCAGGGCCUGCCCGAAUCAUACAACUUUAAAUUUGUCACCAUGAGGCCAAUCCUGUAAAAUCAGCAUCGAUAUUCCAAAAUGGGAUUUUACUUUUUUUCAUGGAAACUUUCAUUCCUGUGUGUAAUAAAUCCAGCUGGACGUACACAUCCCUGUGCCUUGCCUGCCCCUCUCCUGCUCUGCGCAGCACAGCAUGUGCUCUGCUCCUCUGUGCUGUCUGGGUGGCCCUUUGGCUGGGAUGGAUGGGAAGCAGCAGGCACUGUGCUGCCCUUUGUCAAUCUGAGCAUCAUCUCAGCUGCUCCCAGAGUGCGAACGAACUGUGGUGCAAUCACAGAAGUGAUCUGUCUCUAGACAUAGGAGCUACCUCCAGGACUGGGCUGAGCCAUGUGGCUUCACCUCUGUGCUGGCUUCAUGGCUGCCUUUAGUCUGAGCAGUGCUGGCAACGUGCUGAAAGUUGCUUAUCCACAGGGAGUGUUACUGACAAGAGUCGCAGCCAUGUUCUCCAUAGCAGGUAACUGAGCCUUCUUCAUUACAUGUACAACAAAUAAACAACUCUCUCCUCUUG